AUGGCUUCGAACUACUACUCUGCUCAGAUAAAGCAAUGCCUUGAGUUCGGAACUAGAAACCAAACCCGCCACUUGAAAACAAUCCACGGACACAUCAUCAAAACUCUUCCCUAUCCAGAAACAAUCCUACACAACAAAAUCAUCCAUGGCUAUGCGAAAAUCAGAAACCCAACUUAUGCACGCAGAGUGUUCGACGAAAUUCCCCAACCAAACCUCUACUCCUGGAACAGUCUCCUCAUGGCCUAUUCACAAUCUGGGCAUCAUCUCUCAGAGAUGGAACGCACUUUCAAGCGGCUUCCGGAGCGUGAUGGCGUCUCCUGGAACUUGCUAAUCUCCGGAUAUUCCUUGAGUGGUCUUGUGGGUGAAGCAGUCAGGGCUUAUAACACGAUGAUGAAAGAUGGGUCUGGAGAUUUUUUGACGAGGGUUACUGUGAUGACAAUGCUGAAGCUUUGUUCGGACAAUGGGCGUGUUGGUUUAGGGAAGCAAGUUCAUGGACACGUCGUGAGACGUGGGUUUGAGUCUUAUCUUUUAGUUGGGAGUGCAUUGAUGGAUAUGUAUGCAAAAGUUGGUUUCAUCUCUGAUGCAAAGACGGUUUUUUACGGUUUGGAGGAUAGGAACACGGUUAUGUACAACUCGUUGAUGGGAGGGUUGCUUGCGAGUGGAAUGGUUGAAGAUGCUAAGAAGUUGUUUCAAGGGAUGGAGAAAGAUUCAGUUUCUUGGACGGCUAUGAUUAAAGGGCUUGCUCAGAAUGGACUGGAGAAGGAGGCUAUUGAGUAUUUUAGAGAGAUGAAGAUGGAAGGCUUGACGAUGGAUCAGUUUACGUUUGGGAGUGUGUUACCUGCUUGUGGGGGAUUAGGAGCAAUAGAGGAAGGGAAAAAAGUUCAUGCUUGUGUGAUCAGGACUAAUUUUCAGGAUAACAUAUAUGUAGGCAGUGCUCUCGUUGACAUGUAUUGUAAGUGUAAGUGUAUAGACUACGCAAAGGCUGUUUUUGAUGGAAUGAGGCAGAAGAAUGUUGUGUCUUGGACAGCAAUGGUUGUGGGUUAUGGCCAGAGCGGUCGUGCUGAAGAAGCUGUUAAAAUGUUUUUGGAAAUGGAAAGAAGUGGAGUUCAACCAGAUCAUUAUACUCUUGGACAAGCGAUCAGUGCCUGUGCGAACAUAUCUAGCUUGGAAGAAGGCUCCCAGUUUCAUGGAAAAGCUGUAACUUCUGGCUUUGUACAUUAUGUCAUUGUUUCAAAUUCACUGGUGACUCUGUAUGGAAAAUGUGGGAACAUUGAUGAUUCUACUAAGCUGUUCAACGAGAUGAGUUUCAGGGAUGAAGUCUCUUGGACUGCAAUGGUUUCUGCGUAUGCCCAAUUUGGAAGAGCCAUCGAGGCUAUUGAUUUGUUUGACAGAAUGGUACAACAUGGACUAAAACCUGAUGGAGUGACAUUGACCGGUGUUAUAUCAGCUUGUAGUAGGGCAGGAUUAGUGGAGAAAGGGCAACGAUAUUUUGAGUUAAUGACAAAUGAAUAUGGAAUAUUACCGAGUAAUGGCCAUUAUUCUUGCAUGAUCGAUCUCUUCAGCCGAUCUGGAAGGUUAGAGGAAGCCAUGAGUUUCAUAAAUAGGAUGCCUUUUCCCCCAGAUGCGAUUGGUUGGAUCACUUUACUCAGCGCAUGUAGAAACAAAGGUAACUUAGAAAUAGGUAAACAGGCGGCUGAGUCACUCAUAGAACUAGAUCCUCAUCAUCCUGCUGGCUAUACCUUAUUAUUAAGCAUAUAUGCUUCAAAGGGGGAAUGGGACUGUGUAGCACAGUUAAGGAGGGAGAUGAGAGAGAGGAAAGUGAGAAAAGAACCAGGACAGAGCUGGAUCAAAUGGAAAGGGAAAUUACACAGUUUCUCAGCGGAUGACGAGUCAAGUCCAUACUUAGAUCAGAUAUAUGCUAAGCUCGAGGAACUGAACCAAAAAAUCAUAGAUGAUGGUUAUAAACCAGAUACUAGUUUUGUUCAGCAUGAUGUGGAGGAAGCAGUUAAAAUAAAGAUGCUUAACUAUCACAGUGAAAGACUCGCCAUUGCUUUUGGAUUGAUAUUUGUACCCUCUGGCCUACCUAUUAGAGUAGGAAAAAACCUUAGAGUGUGUGUGGAUUGCCACAUCGCCACUAAACAUAUCUCCAGAGUCACUGGUAGAGAGAUAAUUGUUAGAGAUGCUGUUAGGUUUCACCGUUUUAAAGAUGGAACUUGCUCAUGUGGAGACUUCUGGUAG